GAGAGAGAGAGAGAGAGAGAGAGAGAGAGCGCGCGAGAAAGAAAGCGAGCGUGCUCUUGUUGCUCCGAAGCGCGAGCCGCAGGUGAUGAUGAUGAGGAUGAGGAUGAGGAUGGGUCGAUAGAAGGAAGAGCUACUGCUUUCUUUCACCUGUCCGCGCGCGCGCGCUCGGCUCGUCUCGCUCGCCGCGAACAAAGCGAAGCGUUCGGCUCAACCCAUCACUUCAAUGAGGCUGUUCGGGAACUAUUGGAGUACUCCAGCUUCGCCACAGCAGCACCGUAGAGUAACGUUACUCCCCUCGCGUCAUGUCUCACUCUGAGAGAUGGGCAAGUUCGACGAGCACGAGAGGGUGAUCCUCAACGUCGGGGGCACGAGGCACGAAACCUACCGGACCACGUUAAAGACCCUGCCGGGCACGCGCUUGGCCCUGCUCGCCUCCGAGUCGGACCUCGAGUCGGUUCUGGGCCAGCUGCAACAAGUCCCGGGCUUCAUCGAGUACAACGCGCGCAGCAACGAGUAUUUCUUUGACCGGCACCCAGGCGUCUUUGCCUACGUGCUCAACUAUUACCGGACAGGUAAGCUGCACUGCCCGGCGGACGUGUGCGGACCUCUGUUCGAGGAGGAGCUGUCCUUCUGGGGCAUCGAUGAGACGGACGUGGAGCCGUGCUGCUGGAUGACCUACCGACAGCACCGGGAUGCCGAGGAGGCGCUCGAGGUGUUCGAGAUGAACGUGGACAACGAUGAGGACGACGAGUACGGCAAGCGGCUGGGCAUCGAGGACGUGGUGUCCGCGGACGGUACCGGCAGCAGGUGGAGGAAGUGGCAGCCGGUCAUCUGGAACCUGUUCGAGGACCCGUACUCCUCCAGAGCCGCUCGGUUCAUCGCUUUCGCCUCCCUGUUCUUCAUCCUGGUCUCCAUAACCACCUUCUGCUUGGAGACGCACGAGGCCUUCAACACGGUCAUCAACAAGACGGACUCCUUCCGCAACGACUCGUUCACGGACUUCAGCCAGCAGUACGAGAUCGAGACGGACCCGGCGCUCACCUACGUGGAGGGCGUCUGCGUGCUGUGGUUCACCUUUGAGUUCCUGGUGCGCGUCACCUUCAGCCCGGACAAGCUGGAGUUCGUCAAGAGCAUCCUGAACAUCAUAGACUUCGUGGCCAUUCUGCCCUUUUACCUGGAGGUGGGCUUGAGCGGGCUCUCCUCCAAAGCCGCCAAAGACGUCCUGGGCUUCUUGCGCGUGGUCCGCUUCGUGCGUAUCUUGAGGAUCUUCAAGCUGACGCGGCACUUCGUGGGCCUGCGCGUGUUGGGACACACCCUGCGGGCGAGCACCAACGAGUUCCUGCUGCUCAUCAUCUUCCUCGCGCUGGGCGUCCUCAUCUUCGCCACCAUGAUCUACUACGCCGAGCGGAUCGGGGCCAGCCCCAACGACCCGACGGCCAGCCACCACACCAUGUUCAAGAACAUCCCCAUCGGCUUCUGGUGGGCCGUGGUCACCAUGACCACUCUGGGCUACGGAGACAUGUACCCUCAGACGUGGUCGGGCAUGGUGGUGGGCGCGCUCUGCGCCCUCGCCGGAGUCCUGACCAUAGCUAUGCCCGUGCCCGUCAUCGUCAACAACUUCGGCAUGUACUACUCGCUCGCCAUGGCCAAGCAGAAGCUGCCUAAGAAGAGGAAGAAGCACAUCCCUCAGGCGGUGCAGACCGGAUCGCCGUCCUACUGCAAGACGGACCUGAGCACGGCCUGCAACAGCACUCAGGGCGAGCUGUGUUUGGGUCAGAGCCGAGGACUGGAGCGCCACCGCUCAGUGCUGUCUGCCGACUGCAGCGCAGGAAGUGACAUCACCAUGUCUCCGGAGGAGCGGAUCCCGAUGCGACUGUCCAGCGCUCGAGAACAGGACCGUCACACCGAAGGCACCUGCUUCCUGCUGGCCGCCAGCGACUACACCUGCUCGGCAGACGCAGCCAUCCGCAAAACAGCUACUGUAUCACCUCUGGCUGACGUACAGUUUAUAUCGGCCAGAGACGGGGAAGGCGGGGCCAGCAGAGACUCAGAUGGAUUUGAUGAAUUGGAUUGGACGGUCUGGAAUAGAAUAAGCCUGUGAUUGGACGGUUCUGAAGCGGACUCUCUGUGAACAGAAACCUCACUUGAACUGCUCACGACCUGUGGAUUUUCCCGCUUUUUUUUUUUUUUUUUUUUUUCGGUGUGGAUAAAGACUGAAGCCAGUCGGCACAAAAAAAACCACGAUAUGGAUAGUGAAACUUUUCCUGCUUAAAACGAGUUGGCUCUCCGUUUAAUGUUGCAUCUGUAUAAAGGACACACAUCCACCUGUGGCUUCCCCUCUGUGUCAGGUAGCAAAUCAAACACCCCUCGAACCCCUUCCAAGGCCUCUGUCGUUGCAAUAAGUGUAUUAAGAUGUGUAGAGGCACAAGUGUUUAAAAAUGAAGUAUUAGUGUAUCGAAUAUACUAAACAGAGUAGAGAGAGAGUAAACAUGAUAAGUUUAAUAAAUGUGACCUUCAGUCGUUUAUGCUUUUUAUUUGCUCUAGUAUCUCUGGUGGAUUCAUUGUUGUCUGUGAGUGUGUGUGUGUGUGUGUGUGUGUGUGUGUGUUUGUAUGUGGGAUGUUGUUCUCAAAUGGCACAUUUAAAGGAAUAGUUCAGCCAGAAAUGAACUUUUACCCAUCCAAGGUGUAGAUGAGUUUGUGUCUUCAUCAGAGCAUUCCCUCACUUUCCUCUGCAGUGAAUGGGUGCCGUCAGAACGAGGGUCCAAACAGCUGAUAAUCCACACCACUCCAGUCAACCAGUUAACAGCUCGUGGCAUUUUACCUUCAAAUCAAGACAGGAGAUGGGCCUUUUCAUGAGCGGAAUUGUUGUGGAUGACAUAUUUAAAGUAAUGUUUAUAGAAUGUAAUGGACUCAUAUGCAUUCUUAUAGCGUUGAACAACAUUCUCAGAGCGUCCUUGUAAUGUAACUUACACUCGAUGAACGUUUUUGUAACUUUGAAACAACGUUAUAAUUGUAACAAGAAAACUUGGACUUUUCUACGUUCUUAGAAUAUUACCAUUAGACAUUCAAACAACGUUACGAACAUCUUAAGAAACAUUUUUAUAAAUUACACAAAAAAAAAGUGUUUUUAUAAUCUUCAGCUGUUACCUUGAUUUGGAUUCGUAUUUUUGGUCAAGAGUAAAAGUUCGAAGUUAAAGCUUGUGUCUUUUCCAGAUCGCGAUGUUUUUAUCGGCUCGUUCUGACGGCACCCAUUCACUGCAGAGGAAAGUGAUGGAAAAAUGCAUUUCUCCAAAUCUGACGAAGAAACAAACUCGUCUACAUCUUAGAUGGCCUAAGGGUUAGAACAUUUUCAUUAAAAUUUCAUUUUGGGCUGAACUAGUGCUUUACAGACCUCAUGAAAUGGCUUCAAAGCACAUUUUGAAAUAAUCCCUCUGCUUUCAUUUGCACAGCUGCGUUGAUCUCAACUCUGCACCAUUGGCCGAGUCCCACAUCAAGCUAAAAUAUUUGAAGGAAUUUUACCAUUUAUACCUAAAAUGUUUUUUAAUGUGUGUAUCUUCUAAAAUGUUUUUUUGGUCAGGUUUUAUUGUAAAUGAGCAGAUAACGAAGCCACAAAACCUCGUCUUGAAUGUCUUGCGGUCUUUGAAUGUGUGUUGAUUUUCGCAGUUCUCUUUCUCAUCCCCGUUUCUUGGAAAAUUCGCCCAGUGCAACAAUCAGAUGUGAUGUGCAAUAAUGAUGUGAAACAAAGCUGCACCGAUUCACACUGUGAUUUCAGUUCAGUCCGUGACAGACGCCGCAGCAGAGCCUCUGAAAACACAAGUGCGGCACGGACACUUUCGCUCUAAUUAGAACCUUUCUUUUCCUUCAGCCAUGGAGAGAUUAGAGCUGUCACAUUAGAGAGUGUGUGUGCGAGUGUGUGUGCGUGAGUGUGUGUGCGCAUGCAGGCAUUUCAUGAAACCCGUCAAGAACACGUCCAGGUCACGUUUCACUGCAAAAUCAAAAGAAAACUUGAAUCAAUUUGAUUUAGCAUAAAGAAAAUGAAGCCUAUUUUAGGAUCGGUAUUUCUGUUUUGCAUUUUGACGUUGUAUUUAAUGUGCGCAAUUACAAUAUUUUUUUUGAUUAUUAAAUGAAAGCAGCGCUAAAAGUCCUGAAUAUUAUAUAGGCUACGACAAAAAAUAAAUAUAUAGACAGAGCACCAUACAAAUAAGAUUUUUUUAAAGAAAGUUCUCCAAGGCUGCAUUUAUUUGAUCAUAAAUACAGAACAAAUUGGAAAUAUUAUUACAAUUAAAAAAAUAAGAAUAUAUGGUAAAAUGUGAUUUAAUAAAAUAGUCACUAUAACCUUAUUGGUCAAAAUUAGCAUCAUUUUCUAUAUGCAAUAUAUAUACACACACAUAUAUGUUGGAUUUUGGGUUAAAUGCGGGCUAGACAAGUUCUUGACAGUUUUGUGUGUGUGUGUGUGUGUGUGUGUGUGUGUGUGUGUGUGUGUGUGUGUUUCCCACCACCCACAGAACUUAAGAGGAUAGUAUUCUUCAUGUUAAUAUUAUCUGCUGCUUUAAGAAGUCAGGGCACCGUUUCAAAUAUAUAUGACAAAAAUGUAAAGGUAUAUAUAUAUAUAUUUUUGAACUUAGAUCUUGUAUUUUUGUGUCUCUUGAUGAGUCUCAUUGUCAGUCCCAUGGUGUAUCUGUAUGUCCACUCUGUGCAGACUGUGAAUCUGGGGUGUUUUUAUGUUUCAGUGAUUGGAGUUUUGAACAUGUAUUGUGGAGUCAUUUGUCGGCCUUUUGUAGUGCAUGCAAAGACCCAUGGUCAAAAUGUAAAGACUGCGUCUGAAGAAUAUGUACAGUUCAAUGCAAUGUGAGACAGUCGGAUAAACAUAUUAACCUUGUAAAAAAAAACAAA